GCGAAUGUGCGCAUUAAAAAACAAAUUUCUAAAUGACUAUUUAUAGUUGUCAAUAUAUUCAGUAGAAAUCUCGAUUAGAAAAAACGCAUGCUCAUUUAAUGCGCUCUAUUAAGACUUCAGUAAUUAAAGCAAUUAAAGUAAUAGUGAUAAAUCUUUUUGUAAUUAAAUUUAAACACUUUUAUUUUAUUUGUACAAGCACACACAAUACCUUCAUGUAUGCCGAAGCGUAUGCAAUCUUCGGCGCGCUGGUGUAUUAUUUCCUGAUGUUGCGGUUACGUUAACAACCACAUUCGUUUGGAGUUUGUUUUUAAAUAAAAACAACUGAGUUGCAGCAUGUGUUUAUAGGACAACCAAUUGCUAAACACUAUACUAACAAAUGACAGCGGAACUAGCGCCCGCUGCAAUUCCGGCGCAAAUCGAUAUGCAGGAGCCGGUCUCCAAGCUGACAUUUCUGCACGCGCUUAUCGCUGGUGGCGUCGCGGGAUUUGUUGUGGAUAUUGCACUCUUUCCAAUCGAUACGGUUAAGACGCGUUUACAAAGCGAAUUGGGUUUCUGGCGCGCCGGCGGCUUUCGUGGCAUAUACAAAGGCUUGGCGCCAGCGGCAGCUGGCAGCGCACCCACUGCCGCCUUAUUCUUUUGCACAUACGAGUGUGGCAAGCAGCUGCUGAGCUCCGUGAGCAACACCAAAGAUUCACCUUUUGUUCACAUGGCAGCUGCCUCUAGCGCGGAAGUGCUCGCCUGCCUCAUACGUGUACCUGUAGAAAUUGCCAAACAACGUUCCCAAACGCUUUUGGGCCACAAACAGCACCAGACGGCGCUGCAAAUUCUAUUGCGCGCCUAUAGCACUGAGGGUCUGCGACGUGGACUCUAUCGAGGCUUUGGUUCAACGAUCAUGCGUGAAAUCCCUUUCAGUUUCAUACAGUUCCCGUUGUGGGAAUACUUUAAGCUACAGUGGACGCCAGUGACGGGCUAUGACUCGACACCCUUCUCUGUUGCUCUGUGUGGCGCCGUUGCGGGUGGCAUUGCGGCUGGUUUAACAACGCCGCUGGAUGUGGUCAAGACGCGCAUAAUGCUCGCAGAUCGGGAGAGCUUGGCGCGGCGGCGCACCAUACCAGCUGUACUGCAUGGCAUUUAUAUGGAGCGCGGCAUCAGCGGUUUGUUUGCCGGCAUUGUGCCACGCGUGCUCUGGAUAACACUGGGCGGUGCAUUUUUCUUUGGUUUUUAUGAUCUAACAACGCGUCUAUUAGACGCCGCUAAUACCGUUGAUUAACAGCGAAAAUAGGCACAUAUU